GCUACACUUUUGUGAACAUCUUCAUUGGGGGUUUCCGAAGACCAAAAUGGAGAGCAUGAUUAGACAUGUGUGCUCGGCGUCGGGGUUUUCGGUGCCUCGUGUAUCUUACUUCAAUACCAGUCAUCAAGCGACGCUCCAAUCGCAACCCGAGGAUGGAAACUAGCGCGGAUGCCUGGCACCUCGACCAUCAACGCGGGUAUCAAUUCUCACUCCAUUACCUGUGAGAUACCGUGUGACUGGUUCUGACAUACGUAUAUAAGAGAGAGAGAUUCCCUCGAAACGCAGCAUGACCCCCGAGCCUUGACUUGUGUACUCAUCUGCAAACCAACAACAUUCUGAUACUCGGAUCUACAGAACCCAACAUCCACGAUGUCACUGAACAAGACUCCCGAUCUGUCGGUCGCUGCCAACCUUCUCAAGGGCUCACCUUGGGAGAAUCUCCCGCUGGAUAAACUGCCUUGGUACUCGCCUGAGAUUGAAGAGAUCACGCCUCAGGCCCAGGAGUUGUUCGAGAAGUACUCCAACGUAGAACCCGAGAAAGUGAAGGCACACAUCAAGGAGCUGAGAGACAAAGCAUACGUCGUGUUUCCAUAUCCGUGCCUUGCGCGCUGGGCCUUUCUCGAACUCAGCGUCAGUCUGUCUCGCCAAUACCCAGAGGUUCUCGAGCGUGUCAGGAAUGGCGACAAAUAUCUCGAUCUCGGUUGCUGCGUCGGCCAGGACAUCCGCAAGCUAGUCUUCGAUGGAGCCCCGUCAGAAAACACAUUUGGCUCGGACUUGGAGAAGAACUUCAUGGACAUCGGCUAUGACCUAUUCCUUGACAAGCAGACUUUGAAGACCACCUUCAUCGCCGCAGAUAUCUUCGACGAGGAUUCCGACAUGAAGCAAAUCGCCGGCGAUAUCGAUAUCAUCCACGCGGCGUCCUUCCUACACCUCUUCGACGAGGAGGGUCAACAUAAAGCCUGCGAGAACAUUGUCAAGCUACUGAAGAGCAAGCCUGGGUCUCUUUUCAUCGGGCGACAAAUUGGAAAUUCUGAGUCUGGAGUACAUGUUGGCUUGAUCGACUCGAGCAAGAAACGGUACAGGCACAACGCAGAGUCUUUCGAACAGAUGUGGAAGAGUGUUGGGGAGAAGACUGGUACAAAGUGGAAGGUUGAGGCGCGCCUUGAGGACCGGGAUCUUCAUGCUGUAGCGGAGAAGAUGGGUUUGGAGUCCGCAACCAUUCCACCAGGCUCGAAAUGGCUGAGCUUCGCAGUCCGCAGGGGAGAGUAGAUAUACUCUUCAUGCGAGUAUGUGGAACGGCCUGAGCGUGGAAAAUUGUAGAGCCCAAGGGCUUACUCCACUAUACGGCAAAUUGAAUGGGCGGAUGUUCGUUGUACAGUUCGUAGUCUCUGUACUCUGGCGAUCCAGCUCUUACAGUGUAAUGUUCUCCAGGGCAGAAUUGGGUGGGCUGGCCUGUAAUGAUACAACUGGUCAAAGUGGCGUUUAGCUACUCAUAGCUAACUGGUAAAUUGCAUUCCAGCCACAAUCAGGAUUGCAAUUUAGCGACAAUGCAUCGCUG